UUCAUACUGGAAGCAUCCUAUAGCAAUUACGCGCAAGUCGGUCUUAAAUUGAAAUUAAAAUAGAGUUGUCUCCCCUACUCCAGGUCAGUAAAGAACCCAUCUCUACAUCAUCUAGACGCUUGCAUAGAACCCGCAAUUUUAUGUAUGCCCCGCAGUUAAAGCGCGUGAAGUGAUAUAGAACACGAAGAUCAGAAAAUGGCGGCAGUUAACGGGUGUUACAUGUGAUAUUGAAAAUUAAUAGAUCUACAGUACUCAGUAAUGAUGUAUUUCAAGGAAAUGAGACCAAGAAGAAAGAAACAGGAGAAUGUGGCAGCAGACUGCAUUGAUUCAGGGGAGGACCUCAAAGAUUUUGUUAUUGAACAUAUACCACCAAAAGGUCUUGGUGUUAGAACAACAAUAAAUAGAACAAAAGGAGAUUUCUUAAUGAUUUAUCCCGGCGAACUGAUAACAGAAAGAGAAGGGGAAGAACGUGAAGAACGUGAACCAUCCGUGUUUAGAUACUUCUUCCAAUAUAAAAGGAAAGGGUGGUGUAUGGAUGCUACUAGUGAAUUAGAUGUUGGGCCUCGGCUAGGUCGUCUGGUGAACCACGGUGGUAAAGGUAGAAAUUGUGUUAUGAAAACCCUGGAGUUCAACAAAAGGCCAUAUCUUUGCUUGUUUGCUGCUAAAGAUAUUCCACAAGGUGAAGAGUUACUGUAUGAUUACGGCAUUAAGGAUUUGCCUUGGGAGAGAAAAGCUGACACAGAAUUGGUGGCCGCUACUGACAAUCUGGAGAACAUGCUGGAGGCCCAGACUACAGACAAUCUGAAGAACAUGAAGGAGGCCCAGACUACAGACAAUCUGGACAACACGCUGGAGGCCCAGACUACAGAUAAUCUGGAGAACAUGCUGGAGGCCCAGACUACAGACAAUCUGGAGAACAUGCAGGAGGCCCAGACUACAGAUAAUCUGGACGAAAUGCUGGAGGCCCAGACUACAGAUAAUCUGGAGAACAUGCAGGAGGCCCAGACUACAGACAAUCUGGAGAACACACUGGAGGCCCAGACUACAGACAAUCUGGAGAACAUGCUGGAGGCAGAGGCUACAGACAAUCUGGAGAACAUGCAGGAGGCCCAGACUACAGAUAAUCUGGACGAAAUGCUGGAGGCCCAGACUACAGAUAAUCUGGAGAACAUGCAGGAGGCCCAGACUACAGACAAUCUGGACAACACACUGGAGGCCCAGACUACAGACAAUCUGGAGAACAUGCUGGAGGCAGAGGCUACAGACAAUCUGGAGAACAUGCAGGAGGCCCAGACUACAGAUAAUCUGGACGAAAUGCUGGAAGCCCAGACUACAGAUAAUCUGGAGAACAUGAAGGAGGCCCAGACUACAGAUAAUCUGGAGAACAUGCUGGAGGGCCAGACUACAGAUAUUCUGGAGAACAUGCUGGAGACCCAGACUACAGAUAAUCUGGAGAACAUGCUGGAGGCCCAGACUACAGACAAUCUGGAGAACAUACAGGAGGCCCAGACUACAGAUAAUCUGGAGAACCCGCUGGAGACCCAGACUACAUAUAAUCUGGAGAACAUGCUGGAGGCCCAGACUACAGACAAUCUGGAGAACAUGCUGGAGGCCCAGACUACAGACAAUCUGGAGUUAAUUCUGGAGGCCCAGACUACAGACAAUCUGGAAAACGUGCGGGAUGCCCAGACUAUAGACAAUCUGGAGAACAUGCUGGAGACCCAGACUACAGACAAUCUGGAGAACAUGCUGGAGAUCCAGACUACAGACAAUCUGGACGAAAUGCUGGAGAUCCAGACUACAGACAAUCUGGACGAAAUGCUGGAGGUCCAGACUAAAGACAAUCUGGAGAACACGCUGGAGGCUCAGACUACAGACAAUCUGGAGAACAUACUGGAGGCCCAGACUACAGACAAUCUGGACGAAAUGCUGGAGGCCCAGACUACAGAUAAUCUGGAGAACAUGCUGGAGGCCCAGACUACAGAUAAUCUGGGCAACAUGCUGGAGGCCCAGACUACAGAUAAUCUGGGCAACAUGCUGAAGACACAGAUUAUGACUGAGGAGCAGGUACACCCCAGCAAGAUACAGGACCAGAUCUCCGGUAAUAAUGCCCUGAUGAAGGAGAUGGCUGUGCGACUUACCAGCCUUAAGUCUAUACAGACAGCUGCAGAGGAGCUGAUCAAACAAGCCACUGAUUUGCAGGAUGGUGAUGCGAAAGAUAUUCCUCAUGGCACCAACAAGUUCUGGGAUGAACUGCAACAGUUGACACAUACGCUGAAGCACAUGUCUGACAGGCUUGGCAAUCAGGAGCCCACGGUGGAGCCCACGGUGGAGCCCAGCCUCAUCCGGGAACAGCAGGAAACACUAGAGGAAUUAGCAUUACAGAACUCAAAUGUGAACCCUCUGAACCAGCCAGUAGAUCCCACUUGUGAACUAAUGCAGAUAGAAGGCGACCUUUUGCUGGGGCAGCCCAAUGCCACCAACCCCCAUGACAGACAGAGCAGGACGAACUAUGGACUCGGAAGACAAGUUGCUGUUGUUGAUCCUUCGAGGCAAUUUUCUGAAAAUGAAUUGGGAUGUGAUUACGAUGGACUACCAUCAGAUGAUGAGAGUAUUGUACUUUCAUCUGGUUCAAGCUAUGCACCAUCGGUACUGUCAGGAGAGGAUAAUGAAGAUGACGAUGAAGAUGACGAUUCAUCUGUUAUAUUCCUGUAACACAAACAAACAAGAGAUCUUGGAC